AUGGCCGCCAUUCACGCAUCGGCAGCAGCUCGUCUUGUGACAUCGUCGCCAUCGGCGAUUGUCGCAACGAGUAUUCGAUCAGAAAGCGGGCCAUUGUCCCGUUCACCGUUCUUUUCUGGCUCUUCGCGUUCCUUGGUUCUCUCCGCUGAGAGUCCCUUUUCUGCGGCCCGUCCAGCAAGCACGUCCUCUCAGCCCGCCUCGUUCGGGUUGGCGCCUUGCAAAGCACGCCGCUUGUCCGUGUCAGCUCAAGCCGCGGGCUCGGAUGCAGCAAAGGUGAGUGGGAGUCGGCGCAUGGUGUCACAGCGAGUAGAGAGAUGUGUAUUCACCCCCUCUCAACCCGCCUGGUUCGGGUUCGGGUUGGUGCCUUGCAACGCUCGCCGUUUGACUGUGUCAGCUCAAGCCACGGGCUCCGAUGCAGCAAAGCCUGGAGAUUGGUUGGCCACGGCACGGCUUCCUUUUUCCCCAUACCCCUCCCAAAUUUCUGUGGUAGAGGCCUACCAAGGCGAGCAAGUGAAAGUUCUGACGCGCUCAGUGGAUCGGGCCAAGGAGGUCUUUGCAGCCCCUCUUCCUUCUCGUCCCUCCUUUCCCUCCCUGAUUGCUCCUACUCUCUACUCCUCCCACCACCUCUCUGUCACGGAGGGAGUGGAGAUGGUGGGGCUGGAGGGGUGGGCAGCAGCUGUGGCAGGCAGCACGGAGGGAGUGGAGCUGGUGGGGCCGGAGGGGUGGGCAGCAGCCGUGGCAGGCAGUGGGUCAGUGGUGAAUCUGGCCGGCACACCCAUCAGCACCCGAUGGAGCCCUGCGAUCAAGGCAGAGAUCAUCUCCAGCCGAGUGGACACGACUGCUAAGAUCGUAGAGGCGAUUAACUCCCUCCCAAAGGACAAGCGCCCCUCUGUUCUGGUCAACACCUCGGCUGUGGGCUUCUAUGGAACGAGUGAAACAGCCACUUAUGAUGAGAGCAGCCCGGCUGGCAACGACUUUCUGGCGGAGGUGUGCACCAAGUGGGAGGCGGAGGUGCAGAAAGUGUGCACCAAGUGGGAGGCAGAGGUGCAGAAAGUGUGCACCAAGUGGGAGGCAGAGGCACAGAAGGUCUCUCCUGACUCGACUCGCCUCGCUAUAAUCCGCUUUGGAGUUGUGCUGGACAAGGGGGGAGGAGCGCUGGGCAAGAUGCUGCCCAUCUUCCAGCUCUUUGCAGGCGGCCCUCUAGGCACGGGGCAGCAGUGGGCAGGUGGCAGAGACAAGGGCGGGGGAGUGCUGGGCAAGAUGCUGCCCAUCUUCCAGCUCUUUGCUGGAGGCCCUCUAGGCACGGGGCAGCAGUGGAUGUCGUGGGUACACAGAGACGACCUAGUCGCCCUGAUCAUUGAAACCCUGCGCAACAAGGAGUUUACAGGGGUGCUGAACGGUACUGCACCCAGCCCCGCCCGCAUGGCGCAGUUCUGUGAGGCGCUGGGCUCGGCCAUCGGCCGCCCGUCGUGGCUGCCUGUUCCUAACUUCGCUGUGCAGACGCUGCUUGGAGAGGGCGCCAUGGUGGUGCUGGACGGGCAGCGUGUGUUGCCUAAGCGCACAGAGAGCCUCGGGUUCCGUUUCAAAUACAGGAACAUUCAAAACGCCCUUGCUGCCAUCUUCUCUUGA